CAAAGAAGAAUUCAGGCUGAUUCCACCUUAACUUGUUGACCAAACAGCAGCACCGCUAAAAAAAGAGACAGCCAGACCUUACAUGCUUUCCAAAGAAAGAACUUCUACAAACACUUAAGUAGUUUUGGCAAAAGCAAGCAAACUAGAAGUGAGCCUCCAGAUUCAACUCCCAAAUCAUAGAAAACCCAAAUGAGCCUGUUAAACACCACCUUGGGCUGCAAAAAACAAAAAAAACCCUUCAGACUUGGGCAAACUCCACAGUCAAAUUACCCAGUUUCUUCAAAAAUAAACUGCAAGAGAAAAAAAGAUAAAGGAGUGAUGAGAAGAGAUUUAUGAGCCAUGUUGAUCAGUGUGUGACUCUUAUUUGGAUCAUGAUGCAGAUAAACUAAGCUUUAAAAAAAUGAGGCAGAAGAAUUGUGAACACAGACCGCGCAUUUGAUGAUGCUGCAGAGUGACAUGAUCCCUAAAGAAGUGGCUGAUAUCUUUAACGCCCCCAGUGAUGAUGAAGAGUUCGUGGGCUUCCGAGAUGAUGUUCCCAUGGAAACCCUCUCGUCAGAGGAGAGCUGCGAUAGUUUUGACUCACUGGAGUCAGGGAAACAGCAGGAUAUGCGCUUUCAUUCCAAAUACUUCACUGAAGAGCUAAGAAGAAUUUUUAUAGAGGACACUGACUCAGAGACUGAGGAUUUUGCAGGAUUUACACAGAGUGAUCUGAAUGGAAAGACUAACCCAGAAGUAAUGCUUGUGGAGUCAGAUUUGAGUGAUGAUGGUAAAGCAUCUUUGGUGAGCGAGGAAGAGGAAGAUGAAGAUAAGGCUACCCCAAGAAGAAGAAGGUCUCGAAGACGUAGUAUUGGUCUUCGAGUAGCCUUUCAGUUUCCCACCAAGAAGCUGGCCAACAAACCAGAUAAAAACAGUUCUGAGCAGCUGUUUUCUAGCUCACGCUUACAGAAUGAGAAAAAAGCAGUUCUUGGAAGAAAGAAAGGCCGUAGACAGGUGAUGCAAAGGGAAGAUUCUACGUCUGAGUCUGAGGACGACUCUCGGGAUGAGAGCCAGGAGAGUUCAGAUGCUCUGCUGAAAAGGACCAUGAACAUCAAGGAGAACAAAGCCAUGCUUGCUCAGUUAUUGGCAGAAUUGAACUCAAUGCCAGAUUUCUUCCCAGUCCGAACCCCGACCUCAGCUUCUAGGAAGAAAACAGUGAGGCGGGCCUUCUCAGAGGGACAGAUCACACGACGCAUGAACCCGACCCGGAGUGCGCGGCCUCCUGAGAAGUUUGCUCUAGAGAACUUUACUGUCUCAGCUGCCAAAUUUGCAGAAGAGUUUUACAGUUUCCGAAGAAGGAAGACAAUUAGUGGGGGGAAAUGCCAGGAGUACAGACGUCGUCACCGUGUAUCUUCUUUUCGGCCAGUGGAGGAUAUCACCGAAGAGGACUUAGAAAAUGUCGCCAUAACUGUUCGAGAUAAAAUCUAUGAUAAAGUUCUGGGUAACACAUGCCAUCAGUGUCGACAGAAGACCAUCGACACCAAGACGGUGUGUCGGAACCAGGGUUGCGGUGGUGUGCGGGGACAGUUCUGUGGACCAUGCCUGCGGAACCGCUAUGGGGAGGAUGUCAGAUCAGCAUUGCUGGACCCGGAUUGGGUGUGUCCUCCCUGUCGUGGGAUCUGCAAUUGCAGCUACUGUCGGAAGCGUGACGGCCGCUGUGCCACAGGAAUCCUCAUUCAUCUGGCCAAGUUUUAUGGUUAUAACAAUGUUAAGGAAUAUCUGGAGAGCUUACAGAAGCAGCUGGUAGAAGACAAUUAACAGGAAAAUGGAACUAGCCACCUCACCAUAGACUACUCCAGUGAGACAUGCAUACCAUUUGUGCCUAACAUUUUUUACAUUUGUGUUUUUAUAUAGAAAUUCUUCAUAGCGAUUACUGUUUCUAAAUACUAUUUUUUUUAAAAAGAUUGUUUAUAUGCUUACAGACAUUUCUCAGGAAGACAGCAGAGCAGAGGAAUCUAGAUAGUUGUAUACACAGACCUGUUUGUAUUCUGUAUUUUGUUAAAAGUAUCUGCCAAUGAUUAAAAAGCACAAUUUAAACUUUAAA